AUGGAUGGAUGGGAGAGGCGGGUUCGUUCGAAGCAAGGGGCCAGCAGCUUGUUCAGCAAGAUUGACGCGAAGGGGCCGGAGGGAACACAAGACAGGACAACAGGAGCUUGGGUGGUCAAGUCUGAAUCAAACGAACUGACAAACGUCACUGAAGAUUCCAGAGAGAACCCUGAAACUUGGAACCCUAGGCGACCAACCUCAGUCUUCUCAACAACAGAGGAAACGUCCUAUCGGGAUUUGGACAAAGACAUUGAGGUGCUUGAUGACAAUCCAUACGAUCGCAUUUGUACACAGAGCAAACACCAGGACAAGACAAGCACGAGAGAAGAGGUUGACGAUGACGUCAUCUUCAUAGGUUCUUGUGGAUCUGAGUCUACGCUGCUAAGGGAGAGCCAACGCUUCAGGGGAAUUCUGGAGGAAGGUCUGGAAGGCGGUCGGGAAGGGGUUCGUAGUCAACCAAGUGAUCCUCCCAAAGACAAGAAGCUGAGCAAAUCCAUGGAGGCCCCAGCGACUUCGCACAUUCCCUCAAGAACUUCCCAGGCAACGAACAAGACUUGUUUUCAAUUUUCACAGACAGGGAAAUGCAGUCGUGGGUUGCACUGCAGAUUCAAGCAUGAAGUGCCGGACCAUAUCAAAAAUCCAGAGCGGUACCUCUGCUAUGAAGUUGAUUGGACCGAAGAAGAAGAUCCGCGGAAAAAUGGGGAGGCAGCUGCAGCAACAUUCGAGCUUCUCCGCUCCCAAAAGAGAAUCUCUGAAGAAGAGUUGCAACAAGACCAAGCGAGAAAGGAGCAAGAAACUUUAGAGAGACAAGCUCGUCUAGAGUCUAAGAAAGCAAAGACGAUGUGUGAAAUCAGGCAGUCCGAUAUGCAUGCUGGGUCCGAACAAGAAAACAAGAAAUCUCGAUCCAAAAAGAUUGUCAAGACCAGCAAGCUAAGUUUUAUUGAUGAAUAA